GGUGCAUAAUAAACCUAAACACUAACUGUUAUUGUUAUUUCCUGUGCAAUUGAGUCUGAUAAACGAAAAAUGACAUUAUAUUGUGAGGCUGCACGCGGACGCGACGAAUUGACGAUGGUCGCGGCCACGUUUGCGUAAUAAUGUUGCCGGUCGAAAUCCGAUCAGUGGGUUGAAUGGAUGGCAUCUAUUUCGCGUCAUAAGAUGGGCCAUGCUUUUAUUUGCGUAUUGCUCGCGAUUUGCGCCGCGUGCCUCGGCCAAAGCCAAACCGAAGAGACCACAACGGUUCCAUCGUACACACCUACUUUCGUUCCAGUGCCGUCUAAACCGAGGAAUUUGGGGGUCCUGAACGUCACCUCCGACACCAUAGAGCUGAGAUGGGAAAAUCCGGAGAAAAUCAACGGUGUCAUCGCCGGCUACAGGGUUUAUUAUAUGUACGCCAACACCACCGACGUCAAGUUUGACCGGAUAAAUCACAACACUGAUUACAUCAAUUUCACCCUCACUGAUUUAAGACCGAAUACAGAUUACAAAAUCUGGGUGAAGGCGUUCACGCAGAAGAACGAGGGCGAACCAUCAGAUCCGGUGUACAACAGGACGGACAUAUCGGGACCGAGCGCGCCGCAAAUCCUCGAACUAUCAUGCCAAACCGAAGACACCAUCCUCAUAAAAUGGAAACGUCCCGAUCACUACGACAAAGCCAUCAACUAUUAUUACGUGGACGUCACGUUCGACAAUCAGAACAUCAGUCAUUCGAUGACCGCGUCUGAAGAGCACCUGGAAACUUCACGCACAUUGAACGUGUCCAAACACGGCCUGUAUAGGGCGAGGGUGAGGGCCGCCACGACGAGCAAUUAUACGCGACGAACGAUUUUCGGGCCGUACUCGAAAGAGAAAACGCUGUCGGUGAGGCCGAACUGCGAGAGACAGGAAGAAUCGUUGCCGCAGACCACGAACGAUCUGAAGACCGGCAUCAUUGUGGGCGUCAUUUGUGCCGGAGUCGCGUUCGUGCUUGCGGUCAUGGGUUUCGUAUUUUGGAGGAAAUGCUUCCACGCGUCCUACUAUUACCUGGACGAUCCGCCGUGCUGCGUGCCGACCGCGUCCCUCGAUUGGAACGCGCCCCCGGAGCCGAACAGCGAGCACAAGGGCGCGAUACCGGUGCAGCUGUUCGGGCGGCACGUGCAGGAGCUGCACGCCGACGGCGACAUCGGCUUCAGCAAGGAGUACGAGGCGAUUCAGGCGGAGGCGACGACCGACGAGCACGAGUCCGAGUACUCGCAGCAUCCGGACAACAGGGCCAAGAACCGGUACCUGAACAUCAUCGCAUAUGAUCACAGCAGGGUGCAGUUGUUGCAAAUGCCCGGCCAGAAGAAGAACAUUGACUACAUCAAUGCGAAUUACAUCGACGGAUUCCAAUGGUCUAAAGCCUACAUAGGCACGCAAGGCCCUUUGCCGUCGACGUUCGAUUGUUUCUGGCGCAUGGUUUGGGAGCAACGGGUCAACAUCAUCGUCAUGAUCACCAAUUUGGUUGAACGUGGACGGAGGAAAUGUGAUAUGUACUGGCCUAAGGAGGGUACCGAGACCUACGGGGUGAUUCAAGUUAGACUGGUCAAGGAGGACGUGAUGGCGACUUACACCAUCAGGACUUUGCAGAUUCGUCACUUACGGAUUAAAAAGAAGAAACCCACACUAACCGAAAAGAUCGUCUAUCAGUACCACUACACUAACUGGCCCGACCAUGGAACCCCCGACCAUCCGCUUCCAGUUCUCCAUUUCGUAAAAAAAUCGGCACUUUCCAACCCCCCGGACGCCGGACCGAUCAUAGUACAUUGCAGUGCCGGAGUCGGUCGUACAGGAACAUACAUAGUACUGGACGCGAUGCUCAGACAGAUCAAAACGCGAGGAGAGGUUAACAUUUACGGAUUUCUACGCCACAUCCGGUCUCAACGUAACUUCCUGGUCCAGACCGAAGAACAGUACAUAUUUAUACACGACGCACUCGUCGAGGCUAUCGAAUCCGGUGAAACCAAUAUCAGUCGAGAAAAUUUCCCAAAAUACGUUCACGCAUUGAAGAAUAACUGUACCGAGGGACAGAGCGAACUGUGGAAGCCUCUGGAUGUACAAUUCAAAUUGGUGACAAGCUUUAAGUGUAAGGACUUCAAUCUAGUUUCGGCGAACAAAGUGAUAAACCAGCCAAAGAAUAGAUUAAGAGAUAUAUUGCCGGUGGAGAGUUCCAGGGUGCAUUUGACCCCGAAGCCCGGCGAGGACGGAAGCGAUUACAUAAACGCGACAUGGAUUCAAGGUUUCCACAGUCUGAGGGAGUUCAUAAUCACGCAGCAUCCGUUACGCAGCACAUUCAAGGACUUCUGGCAAAUGGUCUGGGACCACAAUGCACAAUUAAUUGUAAUGCUUAGUAUAUUAGAUAACCAAGACUUCGAAGUGUUCUGGCCAGUCGAACAAGAAACCAUCGAUACGGAAUCGUUUAAAGUAAAAUUAGUGAACGAGCUCAUACACAACACAUAUUUAACCAGGGAAUUCAUAAUGCAAUCGCUGCAAGACGACUACGAGAUACGUGUGAGAAUGAUACACGGCAAUAAUUGGCCACACAGCGGCGCUUCAAUUGCUGACAUCUAUCAGAUACCCAACAUAGUGCUAGAAAAUGUGAUUCAAAAUGGACCAAUUGUUGUUGUAGACAAAUACGGUGGGACGGAGGCGGCCACGUUCUGCGCACUGACGACGCUGAAGAAGCACCUGCUGCACGACGACAAGAUCGACGUUUACAUGUACGCCAAACUGUACCACAACAAGCGGCCGGGCAUAUGGACCUGCAUCGACGACUAUCUCGAUCUGCAUCUGGCCGUUCAGACGUUGUGCACGUCCACCGAGAAUGCGCCGGACAUUUUCCCGACGGCUAACGGCACCGCGAACGGCACCGUGACCGCCGACUAUCUGAGAAUAUCCCCGGAAGGUAUGGAGACGAUCGAGCCGCGGCUCUAAGCUCCCGUUUCAACCGUUUUAUACCUUAAUGUGAUAAUUGUAAAUGUUUUUACUAAUGUAAAUUUUCGUGUCGAAUGCAUAACAUUGCGCAACGAAAGUUGAUUAUUCGUAUUAGAUCUGAUCUGACGCAAUCAAGCUUUAGUUGUUGCACGCGCCGACCGUUGUUAAUUAAUACAUCGACAAAAUGGUGUUUCCUCGAAGACUGACAAAUUUCUACGGCAAAUUGUGAUUUGAAUGCUCGAACAAAAGUUUAUUGUACAUUUUGCGUAAACGAAACGAGGUUUAGUUGGUUUGUUGUCGACGUAUUAAUUUUGUGGCACGGCGUAUUUGUUUUUAACAAUGUUAUCAUAUUUUAUAUUGUUAUAUACUGAAUAAUUCACACUAUUUAAUUAUUUUAUUUUACACAUAUUUAUGCAGUACUAAACAAAAAUUAAGUAACUGUUUAUACUAAUUGUGUAUCUUGUAUUUAAGGUACAUUGAUUUAAAAGACUGUUAUUGAUCAAAUUAUUAGUUCCUCUCCUAAGAUUCGAUCUGAUGGUGAAUUCCAAUAUUGACCGAUAUUAUAUACAGUAUUACAAUAUUUAUUGACAAACGUUGGUAUUAAUAUAUUUUUUUCUUCAAGCUAAA